CAUGGAGCAACAAAACAUAUUCGAACAAAAGGAAAAGAUUAUUACUAAGAAACAGUAUACCAAAGAUGAUAUGUACCAUAUUGCAGAAUUAUAUGGACGCUACUAUUUGGCUAUCAAUACUCACAACAAUAUUUUGUCACCAAACAGAGUUCAAAUCAACAAUCAGCAUUGGAAAGCGUUGACGUUGGAAUACAACGAGCGCCAAGCCCUCCUUCCCGACAAUGAAGGUUGUUUCAGGUCCGAAAAAGCUCUUAUCGAGAAAUAUGGUGCUAUGAAAACAAAGUAUCAGAACAAAAAGGAGACCAUUAAGUCGACCGGUUCGGGAGGUGGCCCACUUCUUGGGUACCUUCAAAAAAUGCAUGAUUAUUUGCAUAAGGACCCCCAGCUUCACCCAAAGGCCACCUAUAGCUCCGUCAAAAGAGCUUAUAGUGUUCGAGAUGACGAGGAGAACAGUGAUGAUGUUGUCGUCUCCGAAGAUUCUUGCCCCCCUCCCUCUUUCCCUCCCUCCGCCUCCAUAGGCGAACAAAAAAAGAAGAGGAAAUCUGUCAAGGAGGAAAAGGAGCUAGCUCGAUUGAAGUCUAGAGAUGAAGCUUUGGAACAGAUGAAGCAAAUCACGAAAGGCAUGACAAGCAAGCUCGAGGAGAUUAUGAGCAAGCCUCUUGUUGUUCAACACGUUGAAUCUGAAGAGAAGAAGGAGUUUUACAAGAAGUUUCUUGAAUUGAUGGAAAAUGGUUUAAAAUAAAUUUCAUGUUAAAU